GACGCGGCUGCCACCUGCCACCUCCUCAGAUGAAGGGUGCUUUUUAAAUAUACAAACUGUAAAACUCCCUUCGCUUUCAGGGCUGGGAGGAAGGGCGUGGGGGUGGGGUGGCGUGGCGAGGCGGAGAACCUUUCAAUAUCUCAAAUUUGAUUCCAUGUUUAUACUCAGACCAUCACUAAAGGAUGGUCCUAGCAGAACACGAAUGCUGGGUUUAAGGUCUAAGAGAGACUACUAGGAGAAAAAAAAAAGAAAAAGUUAUUUCACAGUUGUUUCCCGGUUGUAAUGUGAUAUCAGGACUCAAACUCCGAAAAGUUUCUAGUGCGGGGCGGGGGACCGCACCGGAGGACGCUGGUGCAUGCACACUGGGCUAGUCCCCAAAGUUAACAGGAGGCCAGGGCUGUCUUUCAGGAAAACGUUGCGACUUUGUUUCGCUUGUGGAAACCCAUAUUUUGGUCCUGAAUAAAAGGGUGCUUUUGAUAGCAACAGGGAAUGAAAUGUUAAGGCAGUUGCUUUACAUACCUGUUGCGUGAGUCUUCUCCGAGUAGGGUAAUCCGAUUCCAGCUGAUGGACAGAAGUUUGAGUGCAGGACAUUCCGGCAGAGGGACCUGUGGCCUUGGUCUGCAGGGAAAUCCAGUAGUCCAGGCAUGUAGAGGAUACAAUCUUCAAAAGCUUACUGUGGAGAACCUGGGGGAGAAUAGGUAGCCACAUCCCAUUUGCAGAUAAGCAAGGAGGUUUCUGCAGUGCAUGCGAAGGAGUGACUCAGUACCUGGCUUCUGUGUGCACGAAAAGUAGCUCCAAGUGACACAGCUUAUUUACUAAGCUCCAGACUCGCACUGAGCCCCGCCAGCACAGGAACUCAUUUAAUCCUCACGACCCCCUGAUGAGACUCUCGAGAAAGUGCAACAGUGAUGGAGUACAUGAGCACCGGAAGCGACAAUAAAGAAGAAAUUGACCUCUUAAUUCAGCAGUUAAAUGUGUCGGAUGUAAUAGACAUUAUGGAAAAUCUGUAUGCAAGCCAAGAGCCAGCUGUUUACAAACCCAGUCUGAUGACUAUGUGUCAGGACAGUAACCAAAAUGAGGAGCGUUCUGAAUCUCUGUUGCUCAGUGGCCAAGAGGUCCCUUGGCUGUCGUCCGUCAGAUAUGGAACUGUGGAGGAUUUGCUUGCUUUUGCAAACCAUAUAUCCAAUACCACAAAGCGUUUUUAUGGACAUCGACCACAAGAGUCUGGAAUUUUAUUAAAUAUGCUAAUCACCCCCCAGAAUGGACGCUAUCAGAUAGACUCUGAUGUCCUCCUCAUCCCUUGGAAGCUCACGUACAGAAAUAUUGGCUCCGAUUUCAUUCCUCGGGGGGCCUUUGGAAAAGUGUACUUAGCACAGGAUAUAAAGACAAAGAAAAGAAUGGCGUGUAAAUUGAUCCCAGUAGAUCAGUUUAAGCCAUCUGACGUGGAAAUCCAGGCCUGCUUCCGGCACGAGAACAUUGCAGAGUUGUAUGGUGCAGUCCUGUGGGGUGAGACUGUCCACCUGUUUAUGGAGGCAGGCGAAGGAGGGUCUGUUCUGGAGAAGCUGGAGAGCUGUGGACCAAUGAGAGAAUUUGAAAUUAUUUGGGUGACGAAGCAUGUUCUCAAGGGACUUGAUUUUCUACACUCUAAGAAAGUGAUUCACCAUGAUAUUAAACCCAGCAACAUUGUCUUCAUGUCCACAAAAGCGGUUUUGGUGGAUUUUGGCCUAAGUGUUCAAAUGACUGAAGAUGUCUACUUCCCUAAGGACCUCCGAGGAACAGAGAUCUACAUGAGCCCAGAGGUGAUCCUGUGCCGGGGCCAUUCCACCAAAGCAGACAUCUACAGCCUGGGGGCCACACUCAUCCACAUGCAGACGGGUUCCCCACCCUGGGUGAAGCGCUACCCUCGCUCAGCCUACCCCUCCUACCUGUACAUUAUCCACAAGCAAGCCCCGCCAUUAGAAGACAUUGCAGAUGACUGCAGUCCCGCCAUGCGGGAGCUGAUAGAGGCAGCCCUAGAGAGGAACCCCAAUCAUCGCCCCAGAGCCGCAGACCUGCUUAAACAUGAAGCCCUGAACCCCCCCAGAGAGGACCAGCCUCGUUGUCAGAGUCUGGACUCGGCCCUCUUUGAGCGAAAGAGGCUACUGAGUCGGAAGGAGCUGGAACUUCCCGAGAACAUUGCUGAUUCUUCUUGCACGGGAAGCACUGAGGAGUCUGAGAUGCUAAAAAGACAGCGCUCUCUCUACAUAGAUCUCGGUGCCCUGGCUGGCUAUUUCAACCUUGUCCGGGGCCCGCCAACACUAGAAUAUGGCUGAUGGAUGCGAGUCUACUCUAAAUUAAGACAGCGUUUUAUCUCCCGGAAGUUGGUUCUAUGGACUCUACACAGUGGCUCUGUAUAGGGACUGGUGCCAUUUACUGUUAUUGUAGGGGGCAGUGUGACUUCCACGACUCAUGAAUGUGACUCCAGCCGCCUCUG